UCCUACCCAACAGCCAUAAAAGCCUGGAAGCAAGUAUUCGCAAUUCCUCUGUUAUAUUGCUCUGUUUUCCCCUCUACUCUGUCACACUCUGUUUCUCUUUCUCAUUCGCCAUUUUUUCUCUUUCUUUCUUGGCAUGGCUGCGCCAAACCUCUCCACCCUCUCCAAACCCUCCCCUCUCCCUUUCAACGCCAACACCACCUCAUUUUUCACCCUCCAAAACCCCACCCUCUUCCCCAAAACCUCUCUUUCUCACAAGACCCAUUCCCCUUUUCCCCUCUCAUGCAAUUCCAAUAACCCAAACAACACCUUCCCCGAAAAGCUCCGCGAAGAGUGCGGCGUCGUGGGCAUAUACGGCGAUCCAGAGGCUUCCCGUCUCUGCUACCUCGCCCUGCAUGCCCUCCAACACCGUGGCCAAGAAGGUGCCGGAAUCGUCGCCGUCCACAAUAACCUCCUCCAAUCCAUAACCGGCGUUGGCCUCGUUUCCGAAGUCUUCAACGAGUCCAAACUCGAUCAAUUACAGGGAACAUUAGCCAUAGGGCAUGUCCGGUACUCAACCGCAGGCCAAUCCAUGCUCAAGAACGUUCAACCCUUCGUGGCAGGGUACCGCUUCGGCUCUGUCGGAGUGGCCCACAACGGGAACUUGGUAAACUAUCGCUCCUUAAGGGACAAACUCGAAGACAACGGGUCCAUCUUCAACACGACUUCUGACACAGAGGUAGUGCUCCAUCUUAUUGCGACGUCCAAACACAGACCCUUUCUCUUGAGAAUCGUCGACGCCUGCGAGAAGCUUCAAGGGGCAUAUUCUUUGGUGUUCGUCACGGAGGAUAAGCUGGUGGCAGUAAGAGAUCCCUUCGGGUUCCGACCAUUGGUGAUGGGAAGAAGAAGAAACGGCGCUGUCGUUUUUGCGUCGGAGACAUGUGCCCUUGAUUUGAUCGAAGCGACAUACGAGAGGGAAGUGUACCCGGGAGAGGUUUUAGUGGUUGAUGAAAACGGCCUUCAAUCGCUUUGCUUAGUCUCUCAUCCAAACCCAAAGCAAUGCAUAUUCGAGCAUAUAUAUUUCGCGCUUCCGAAUUCCAUUGUUUUCGGAAGGUCCGUUUACGAGUCUCGAAGGAAAUUCGGGGAAAUAUUAGCGACAGAGAGUCCCGUUGAGUGUGACGUUGUUAUAGCAGUGCCAGAUUCAGGGGUUGUGGCUGCGCUUGGUUAUGCUGCAAAAGCUGGUGUUCCUUUUCAACAAGGGUUGAUUCGGUCACACUAUGUGGGGAGGACUUUUAUUGAACCGUCGCAAAAGAUAAGAGACUUUGGAGUGAAGUUGAAGCUGUCUCCGGUUCGUGGUGUGCUUGAAGGGAAGAGGGUCGUGGUUGUGGAUGAUUCGAUUGUGAGGGGAACGACGUCGUCGAAAAUAGUGAGGUUGAUAAGGGAAGCAGGUGCGAAAGAGGUUCACAUGAGGAUUGCGUGUCCACCAAUAAUUGCUUCGUGUUAUUAUGGGGUUGACACGCCCAGCUCCCAAGAGUUGAUUUCUAAUAGGAUGGGUGUGGAGGAAAUAAGAGACUUUAUUGGCUCUGAUUCGCUUGCUUUUCUACCGUUGGAUAGUUUGAAGAUGUUGUUGGGCAGUGAUUCUCCUAAUUUCUGUUUUGCUUGCUUCUCUGGGAAGUACCCCGUUGAACCCACCCAACUUAAAAUGAAGAGGUUUGGUGAUUUAUUGGACGAUGGGUUCAAUGGGGUUAGAAAUCAGACGGAGCUGAAGAUUGUUAGUCUCUGAGCGUUGUUUUUAGAUAACAUAUACGGUAUAAGGUCAAAGUCAGCACUGGGCUGAUACAUCAAUCUCCCACCAUACAUCCAAUCUAUUUCACAAAUCUGGAUUCCCAAGCCCGAUGCUUCAUAAUAAUUAUUGUUGGUUCUAAUUUACAAUUUGAGUUAUUCAACGGACAAGUAUUGAUCUUCAACUUCAUUUUUCAAGUUAUCUAAUGUUUUU